AUGUCGCUCUGCCAGAACCGACUCCAGGAGGAACGGAAGCUAUGGCGCAAGGACCACCCCUUUGGCUUCUUUGCCAAGCCAGCACGUAACGCACAGGGUCUUCUGGACCUCAAGGUGUGGGAGUGCGGGAUACCAGGAAAGGAGAAGACGAUGUGGGAAGGCGGCAUGUUCAAGCUAACGAUGACGUUUCCCGACGAGUACCCAACAAAACCGCCAAAGUGCAAAUUCGUGCCUCCACUCUUCCAUCCCAACGUGUAUCCGUCCGGAACGAUCUGCCUGUCGAUCCUGAACGAAGACGAGGCGUGGAAGCCGGCGAUCACGGUCAAGCAGAUCGUGCUGGGCAUUCAGGACCUGCUGGACGACCCGAACCCCGAAUCGCCCGCCCAGGCCGAGGCGUACAACCUCUUCAAGAAGGACAAGAUCGAGUACGAGAGGCGAAUCCGACGGGUGGUGCGCGACAACCCGGCGCCAUAG